UCGCUGGCGCCCGGAUGUGGACCGCAGGGGAGGCGGCAGAGGCAGGCGGCAGGGGCAGGCUGCCUGUAGCAAGAGCAGCGGCGUCUCCAGACGGCAGCGUCUCCGGGCUGCGGCAGUGCGGCCUCCCGGCAGCGCGGCCUGUGAGCAGCGGAGUCUCCAGCUCUGGACGGCGCGGCGGCGGUGGCCGUGAGCCGCGGGUGUCCUGCAGCCCAUCAGUUGGGUUGGACAGAUGUUACAGUUAGCAUAUGGUUCCUCAUUUGGAGAUGCAGCUGCUAAUGCAGAAUACAGACGUAUAGGUGCUAUGAUUUAUGCAAACUGCAUUUUGUCCCUGAAGAGAGAGUUCCCUGUGAUUUGGUGUAACAACUGCCAUGAAGCAACUACCAUUGUUUCUGUGAAUCCAAACUUCCAAUACAGACGUGCUCAAAACGUUUCCGAUGAGUUCAUCUAUUUUCGUCCUAUUGAUGCAGAAGUUCAGGAAAGGGCUAGAAGACAAAAACAACAGAAACCAACUAUGGCCUCCAAUCAACACACCCGAGAAGAAUACAGUCGCCCACGAACCCCAAGAAAUGUGUGGCUGGAAUCUCCAGAAAAUGCAGAGUCCCCAGAAAGUGACGACCUGGAAGUAGCAAGAAGCAUGUAUCGUCUUAGAGAUAGAUCCAUCUUCCGUCGUUCCUGGGAGGAGCUCUUAGAAGCACCGCUAAACAGUGAAGGGAUACAUAUUCUCCAAACUAUUCCUUCAGAAAAGGAGAGAGAGGCUGGCUACCUAAAGCCACCAUCAGAGAAGGAGAAUGAAGCAGCAACCACUCCUCCUAGGGGUCACCAUUUCCAUGCUUUGGAAGGACCUUUCCCAUUGCUGCCCCAGCGUCCUAAACUCCAGCGGCAGCGUAGUCAGAGCUUGCCACGAUACAGUGAUGUCAAGAGCCGAAAACUACAUGCACCUGAGUUAACAUUAAAUCCAGAAGAGACGUGCUUCUUCUUCCCAAGUGGUCAUAGUUUUCUCACAGGAGAAAAUGCAAAGGAAAGAGACAGCAUUGAAGAAGCUUGGCAAAAGGGCAUGAUGUCAGGUUCUGGAGAACAUCCUCUUAUUGAUGCAAGCUUUGAGAAUUUUUCUGCAAUGUCGGGUAAAAUUGGAGUUCCUGGAGAUAAUUCCAGGCUUCCCAGGGACAAUGUUAGAAUUCCCAGGAAUAAUGUCCAUAUCCCCAUGGUUAAUGUUCAAGUUCCCAUAGAUAAUACUGGAGUUCCCAGGGGCACUAUUGGAAUUCCAAGUGUUAAUGUUGGAGUUCCUGUAGGUAAUGUUGGAGUUCCCAUGGAUAAUGCUGGGAUUCUCUUGGAUAAUCCUGGAGUUCCUGGGGGCAAUGGUGGAAUUCUUAGGGGCAGUGGUGUUGGAGUUCCCGUGGGUAAUGUUGAAACUCUCAGGCAUAAUGCUGGAACUUCCAGAUGUAUUGUAUUCUCUCCACUUACUGAGUUCUCAAAGAUAGGAGAACACCAAUUAUAA